AUGUACCAGUAUCAGGCCAGUCCCGCCGAGCUCGCCCUCAUAGGCCGUUUGACUAAGUUUGACUCCAAAGCCCCGACCGAAAAGGCCAAGAACAUCCCCGACAUCCUCGAGAGCGCCAACACGGCCCUCGCCCAGAUCACCAGCACCUCCAGCCUCUCCCUCCACGGGAACUUUGCCGCUCUCGAGACGAUCCGGAAGAUUCUUACCGCGCUCUUUUGCGCGCUUGUUUGGUGCCGCGCGGGCGCGAAUCCAGAAGCGAGCACGCUCGUCCAACACAUGCGCGGGUGUACGGGUGCUGAGGCGCUGAACAAGGUUUUUUCGGGGCUGGUUCUGUGGCAGAUGGACUGGUUGAUUUUCAAGGAUGGGGGGGCUUGGUUGGAGGAUCUGGGGGUUUUGGCUGCUGAGGAGGAGGUGGGGUUGGUUUGGGGGAGGUUAGGAGGGUUUGGCAGAGCAUGA